GCGGGACAUCAGGUUGCAAAACGUAGUAGACAACAUUCAACCGUUGAUUAUUUUUUGUAAGUGUAUAUUUUGACUGGGUUAAUUCUUUACUAAACAAUUAUUAGACAUUUGUGUAUGUUUUAUUUUUUGUCGAGGCCAUAAAUAACGUCGAAAUCACUUCAGAGAAGGAAUCGCCCAAGUUAACAGAUGAUAUUAGCUAGGUGAGUUAGCUAAGCUAACUACGAGGUCCGAAGCAUGCCGAAUUUUUGCGCGGCUCCGAAUUGUACACGGAAGAGCACCCAGUCAGAUUUGGCUUUUUUCCGCUUUCCACGGGACCCAGAGAGAUGUAGGAUCUGGGUAGAGAACUGCCGCAGGGCAGAUCUGGAGGCCAAAACAUCUGAUCAGCUGAAUAAGCAUUACAGAUUAUGUGCCAAACAUUUUGACCCAGCCAUGGUGUGCAAAACUAGCCCCUACAGGACCGUGUUGAAAGACACAGCGAUCCCAACUAUAUUUGAUCUCACAAGCCAUCUAAAAAAUCCUCACACCAGACAUCGCAAACGAAUUAAAGAACUUACUGAGGAAGACAUAAGGAAGAUGAAAGAACGAAGAUUGGCAUCUUCUGCUGCAAAGCUCGCCACCAAAGCAGAUGAAGACGGCACAAACACCACCGACGACGAACCCCAGCUGUCCACAGAAGAGAAGGAGUACCGCGAUUACCUGAAAUCCUUGUUUGAAAUUCUGGUCAUGUUGGCGAAACAGGGCAUCGCUUUAGCACCCGACAGGAUAUCCGACACAGAGUUUAAGUCCAACAACUUCCAGGCCCUUCUAGAUUACUGCAUGAAUGCCGGGGAUGAGGCUCUGAGGAAGCGUUUCGAGGCGACAGCCGUCAACUCAGAGUACCUGUCUGCAGCCCAGCAGAGCCAGCUGCUGGACGUCUGUGAGAACACGGUGAGGGAGGAGAUGCUGAUGGAGGUGAGGGAGAGUCGGUUUUUCUCCCUGGUUACGGGUGACCUCAUCGAGUUCUCCGGCGAGAAACUCCUCCCUCUUUUUUUGCGCUUCGUGAAUCAGAAAAACAUUCUCCGAGAGGAGUUUUUGGACUUUCUUCCGUUUGGGGAUGGGGAGGAAUCGGGGCUGGUGGAGAGGCUGGAGGCCCAGCUGACGGAGCGCUGGGGGCUCAGCAUGGAGGACUGCCGCGGCCAGGCCCACAAGGCCACCGGCAGCUCCACCACCAAGAUGAAGGCCGUGGCCGUGCUGCUGAUGGAGAAGUACCCGCUGGCCCUGCACAUGCCCUGCUCCCACACGGCGCUGAACAUCCACCUGGCCAACAACCUCCCUUUCCCCAGCGUCCAGGUCGUCAUGGAGACGCUGAGGAGGAUCGGCGCUUUCUUCCAAUGCCCGUUGUCUCGGGCCGAGCUGGAGAAAGCGAUCCUGGGUCACUACCAGAAGAACGAGGAGAAGGGAACCGCCCUGACCCAGGCCUGCGGCCCGGGGUGGACGGGUCAGCACAACGCCUUCGAUGUGCUGCUGGACGUGCUGCCGCCGCUGCUGCUGUGCCUGGAGGGCAUCUGGGAGCGUGGCGGCGGGCGCUUCGGCGGCGCCGUGGCGGCCGACGCCUACUCGCUCGCGGAGAUCCUCGCCGACUUCGAGAUCGUCGUCACCAUCGUCAUCCUGAAGAACGUGCUCACCUUCACCCGGGCCUUCGGGAAGAACCUCCAGGGCGAGACGCUGGCCGUGUUCUCGGCCGCCAACAGCCUGACGGCCGUCCUGCACUCGCUGAACGAGGUCAACGACAACAUCGACGUCUACCACGAGUUCUGGUACGAGGAGGCGGUGACGGUGGCGGCCGCCAUGGAGGUGCCGGCGUCCGUCCCCAGGCUGUUCCUGCGCAAGCAGCGGGCGGCCGACAUGUGCGAGAUCCAGGCCGAGCCGUACUACAAGGAGUACGUGACCAUCCCCGUCAUCCGCGGCAUCAUGCAGGAGGUGGAGGACAUGUUCUCCGACACCAACCUGAAGGCGCUCAAGUGCCUGUCCCUGGUGCCGGCCGUCAUGGGCACGAUGAAGUUCAACACCACGGAGGAGAGCUACGCCGAGGUGUACCGCGGCGACCUGCCCAACCCGGACACGCUGCCCGCCGAGCUGCACUGCUGGAGGAUCAAGUGGAAGCACCGGGGGAAGGAGGUGCGCCUGCCCACCACCAUCCACGAGACCCUGCAGCUGCCCGACGUCAAGUUCUUCCCCAACGUCAACUCCUUCCUGAAGGUGCUGUCCACCCUGCCCGUGCUCAAGCUGGAGGACGGCCGCAGCGAGGCGGCCAGCGAGCGGCUGCGGGCCUACCUGGAGCGCACGCCCGCCCCGCAGUGGAACCGCAGCCUGGCCGUGCUCCACGUCAACACGCACGUCAAGCACGACCUGGACGUGAUGGUGGACAAAUACUGCCGGCUGUACCCGGAGGACGACCCCGACGCCGAGGACAUGGCCGAGGAAGACGGGACAAAGUGAAUCUGCUCCAUGGAAAGGCUUUGAAUGUGCAGAAUAAGGUGGAAGGCUGAUGCCUGCAUGGUGAGCUCCACACAGAAAUGAGCUCUUCUCUAAUGGAGAUAUGAGCUGGUUUUGUUCUUGGAGAUAAAUUGAACAAAAGGCCGAGACGAUAUGAAGAACAGGCUGUGUAAAUGUUGAAAGUUCUUUCACGUUUUGUUACUGGAUCAUUUCCUUAUCAUUGUGAUUAUUAUUAUUAUUAAAAUGUGUAUUCUUAGAUUUUUCUUUUCUAUUUGUUCAAUUUGGGAGAUCGGCUUUGUUCCAUGGUGACGUUUUGCUCCUUUGCAGUGAGUGUUUUUUAAAAUCAGACCACAUGAUGGAGGCAGAUAGCUUGUUGAUCAAACUGGACCAGCACCAACUACAGUGAGGCAAAUGGAGACAUGGGAGUGGUUCCAUCCAUGUGUCCACAGGAUCUCUGAAUCUGAGCUUUUGGUUAAAGCUUUUUUAAGCCCAAAAUUGGACUUGUUUGACAGGUUUCAACGCACUUACCAUCAAAAUGGGUUGAAUGAAACUAAUGAACUUCCCAUCUGUAGACGGGAUGGUUACAUGUUUGUGUGAGUGUUGUUUAUAUACUACAUGUGGCAGUAAUUGUUUUGUAUUGGACCAACUUGAUAUAAAACAUUUUUUUAAAAGAUACUGUUAUGGUUUGCUUCAAUAAAACACUUUUUUAUAUAUAAAGGACAGAACAUAAGUUCCAAAACUGAACAUUUUCUUUUUCAUUUUGUUUAUCCAUCUGCUUCAGUGUGA